CGUGGUCUUCUCGCGACAGCUUUACGAUAUGUUUCCGUCGUUUUACGACAGGACAGGGUUGCUUGGUGGCUGUCAAUUUCCCCCGUGGUCCGAGUAGCUAGCUACAUUUUCUGGGGUGGCGGCUGCUACGACAGCGGAGAGAUGAGGCAGAAGCGCAAAGGAGAUCUCAGCCCUGCUCAGCUAAUGAUGCUGACCAUAGGAGAUGUUAUUAAACAACUAAUUGAAGCUCACGAACAGGGGAAAGACAUCGAUCUAAAUAAGGUGAAGACCAGGACAGCUGCCAAAUAUGGGCUCUCGGCGCAGCCCCGCCUGGUGGACAUCAUCGCUGCGGUCCCGCCUCAGCAUCGGAAGGUCUUGGUCCCCAAGCUCAAGGCAAAACCCAUCAGAACUGCCAGUGGGAUUGCUGUUGUGGCUGUCAUGUGCAAACCCCACAGAUGUCCACACAUCAGUUUUACAGGAAAUAUAUGUGUGUACUGCCCUGGCGGACCUGAUUCAGAUUUCGAAUAUUCCACCCAGUCUUACACUGGAUAUGAGCCAACCUCCAUGCGAGCUAUCCGUGCCAGAUAUGACCCUUACCUGCAGACAAGACACCGGAUAGAACAGUUAAAACAACUUGGUCACAGUGUGGAUAAAGUGGAAUUUAUCGUGAUGGGUGGAACAUUUAUGGCCCUUCCAGAAGAAUACAGAGAUUAUUUUAUUCGAAAUUUACACGAUGCCUUAUCAGGACAUACCUCCAACAAUAUUUAUGAGGCCGUCAAGUAUUCUGAGAGAAGCCUCACAAAGUGCAUUGGAAUUACUAUUGAGACCAGACCAGAUUACUGCAUGAAGCGGCAUCUCAGUGACAUGUUGACCUAUGGCUGCACAAGGCUGGAGAUUGGGGUGCAGAGUGUCUAUGAGGAUGUGGCCAGAGAUACCAACCGGGGCCACACUGUGAAGGCAGUGUGCGAGUCCUUCCACCUGGCCAAAGAUUCUGGCUUCAAAGUGGUGGCUCACAUGAUGCCUGAUCUGCCGAACGUGGGGCUGGAGAGAGACAUUGAACAGUUCACAGAGUUUUUCGAGAACCCAGCUUUCCGUCCUGACGGUUUGAAACUCUACCCGACCCUGGUGAUUCGUGGGACAGGGCUCUAUGAGCUGUGGAAGUCAGGAAGAUACAAGAGUUACUCCCCGAGCGACCUGAUCGAAUUGGUAGCCCGGAUCCUGGCCCUCGUGCCCCCGUGGACUCGAGUGUACCGCGUGCAGAGAGAUAUUCCAAUGCCAUUAGUCAGCUCAGGAGUGGAGCACGGAAACUUGAGAGAGCUGGCGUUUGCAAGAAUGAAAGACCUUGGAAUACAGUGUCGUGAUGUGAGAACCAGAGAGGUUGGAAUCCAAGAAAUUCAUCACAAAGUCCGGCCAUACCAGGUUGAAUUGGUGAGAAGAGAUUAUGUUGCAAAUGGAGGCUGGGAAACCUUCCUAUCGUACGAAGACCCAGAUCAGGACAUCUUGAUUGGCCUCUUGAGAUUACGGAAGUGUUCAGAGGAGACAUUCCGUUUCGAAUUGGUUGGGGGUGUGUCCAUAGUCCGAGAGCUGCACGUGUACGGAAGUGUGGUCCCCGUAAGCAGUCGGGAUCCCACUAAAUUUCAGCAUCAGGGCUUUGGCAUGCUGCUGAUGGAGGAAGCAGAACGAAUAGCCAGAGAAGAACAUGGAUCUGGGAAAAUAGCCGUUAUAUCAGGGGUCGGCACCAGGAACUAUUACAGAAAGAUUGGCUACAGAUUGCAAGGUCCAUACAUGGUAAAGACGCUAGAGUAACACCACACCAGUCCACCUUGAGGCAUCUUCUCCCUGGCAGGAAAUGGAUCCAGGAUGUCUUGAAAACUCAGCCCAGAAGCCGAGCAAAGCAAAUGGCCCUCCCUGAGCCCCUGGCGGGAAGCUCCCCGUCACCCUGGAGCCUGGAAACCUUGCUUAGGGCUGGGACAGGCUUCUGCUGACCAAGCCCAUGGAACCUGGACACUCAGAGCCCCCCACACCACCCGCUCCUGCAUGUUCUCAAGACGUCACCUGUUUUCGAGGCUUAACUCCUGUAUCUAGUUUCUCGGUUUUGCAUGAGACUUGCAAGUGACCUAACCGUGACUCGGGCAGAGACAAAAAGCAAGUUAAUCAGCUCAUCUGGACACCACGAUUCAUGAACUAAAACUGGCUAUGUCACUUAGGAGUAAACUUAGGGGUAGGUUAUUUAUAUAGAGUAUAGACAAAGAGUCGUGUUGGGAUCAUGUAAAAACUGUCAGACGUUGAUCUCUGUUCUAUUACUAUAAUACGUACUCAUUCCAGCACUAGUUUAAAAAAUGAGCUUUCGUUUUAAUGGCAGUCAUUGUGGUUCCUGCAACUGCUGUUUGAAAUAACUGUGAUGGGGAGAGAACAGGUGAGGGUUCCAGCUUGAAACCAGCCUUUCUCAGUUCACAGGCUACCAUCGACAAAGGGCCAUUACAGACAUCCAUUUAUUUCAGGAUUUUUAUUGCCUGUACUUCCCACACACUUGACAACUGCAAAACACCGUGGGCGGCCCUUCCACGCAGAGAAGCGUUUGGCGUCCCUGUUGGUCUGUCCUGAGCAGGCAAGUCUGCCGCACACAUGUCUGAGCUUGUGUGUCCCUAAGUCAAGACACACAGACACAGCCAUUCUUCCCUGCAUUUUAAUUCUUCCAGUUUAAAUGGAGAAAGGUCAGAGUUAAACUCAUAUAUGAAAGUUAAAAAAAAAAUACUGGAAACAGGCCCAAAUCUAAAAAUGGGAGAAAGAUUGGCUUUUUCAAAGCAUCAUCUUCUGGGACUGCCUCUCUGACUUCCAGGUAAGCUAUUAUUAAGGAGACUCAGCCUGGAGAGGGUCUGUUCUUAACAGCAUGGCUUAACCUGCAUCCCUGGGAUUCGGUGGCAUUUUACAAAAAGUUUUAGUAAAGGGAGUUGAUUCCUCUAAAGGUUUGAAAAAUAAAAUCUUCAACACACAAGGAAGGAUCAUAUAAGGCUUUUUCUCUCCUCUCCCUGUAAACACAGUGACACCUGCCGUGAGUUUACAGGUUCGGGUUUCUUGUCUCCGGCACUGUCCAUUUCCUCCUGGGUGCUGUUUGCCAUCUUGUUAAAAUGCCAGCAGGCAAAUGGCAUCGGCUCCCUUGUCGACUCGCUGCAGAACUGCAGAGGCUUUUCAUGAGCGCCGUUUAGGGAAUUCAGCUACUUCUCAGUUUUGAGCCAAACUGAGGACACUAGGCCCAGAGACAGCCUCUCAGAUAACUGAGAAACUACCUAGGGAAGGAUGGCUUCAGUGCAGUCUUUAGAACUAACAGAUCCGCACAUGCGCAGCCAGUCACGAUGGCCUGGACACCCGGGAAAGGAGUCUUACCAUUGGAGGAGGACCUGCAUGGGCAUCACGGAAGGGGGGCACUUAGUCAUUAUUUUUGAUGUGGACACUCUACUUCCAGUCAGUGUGUCCUUUUCUUUACUAAUUAAAGCAGACCUAUAAUGGAUGUCAGAUAGGUCACAAAUAAGCCGCUCUAGUUAGCAUGAAAUUCAAGUUAACUCACGUUUAAGCAGAAUAACUUCCUCUGACUUCCAAAGACUGUCCUUGGCAUCUCUGGUGCCUGGCCGUUCUAGAGAUGUGUAGUCUUGGUCGAAUGGACUGCCUCAUAAGAAACAUCAGCUAGGCAUGAUCCCUUCAGCCUCAGCAUGAAGCCUCUAAGGCUGCAGUUUGUGUGUCUGAUCGGUAUUGAGCAACUCCUUAGCAACCACCUCAGGCCCAGUCAGCUAGCUCUGCUUUUGGUUUGAGUUUUUGUUAAAUCACUUGGGGAGUUUUUUAUUUUUUUAAAUCAAGCCCUUAUCAAAAACAGACUGAAAUCUAUUUGCAUUAAAAAUGAGAUUUUAAAAAUUCAUUAUUGCAAAGUAAAAGAGCCUGGUAGAACUCACUGUUUCUCAGAGUCGGAAAUGAAUGUGGAGUCAUUUUAAAGGAAUAAACUCCUACUGACCCAGAAGAAUCCUGAGAAGUACAACUUAAAAGCCAAAACUUGUUCUAUGAAGACAUCUUUCAAAUUGCAACUUUUCAUUUCCAGAGGUUUUCAUGGUAUUUUUAAAGGUUAUCAUCUAAUUAAAAAUGAAAUUUGGGGAAUUCCCUGUUGGCCCAGUAUUUAGGAGUCAGCACUUUCACUUGCCAUGGGCCUGGGUUCAAUCCUUGCUUAGGGAACUAAAAUUCUGCAACCUGCAAGGCUCAACCCACCCCCACC